AUGAAUAUGCAUGCGUUGGAGUUUGGACAGGGCGCAGCGAGCCAUGUCGGCGCAGAGAAAGCGGCGGAACCUGCAACGAACACGACGCCCUACGGCCCCAUCGAUAUUGACGACGCAGCAAGGAACGAGCUGGCUGGACAGGUGCAGGCGGACAUUGCAGUGGAAACGCAACAACAACAAAGUCAGAUCACCAAGGAGGGCUUGGACAAUCACCACGACGGCGAGGCGCCACUUGAGCAAAUGGUGACGACAAAUUCGGAAUACGAAAUACCACACUUCACAAACAAGCGUCCGGCAUCGCAAGAGCCGGACGAGGUGAUGGAUGCCAAACGAGUCAAGUUUGAGCCGAGCAACGGUGCAGAUGCCAAACGAAUCAAGCUUGAGCCGGACGAGGGCGCCUCUGAGCAACAAGGUCAACAACCACCCGCCUUUGCCAUUCCUUUUCCUGAUAAAGUAGGCACACAGCCGCCCCGCUUGAAUCCUUCUGCAGUGCGCGCGUUGACCACCCUUGAUAAGCCCGCAGUCUUGGAAGAACGAGCUGGUGAGAUCGAAUAUCGUGUCGUCAACAACGACGGCAGCAGGGAGAGCAUCAUCAUCCUGACCGGGCUCAAGUGCCUGUUCCAGAAGCAGCUGCCCAAGAUGCCCAAGGAUUACAUCGCGCGGCUCGUCUACGACCGGAACCACCUAUCCAUGGCCAUCGUCAAGCCGCGGCCGGCGCCGUCGUCGCUCGAGGUCGUCGGCGGCAUCUGCUACCGCGCCUUCCGCCGCCGCCGCUUCGCUGAAGUCGUCUUCUGCGCCAUCUCCUCGGACCAGCAGGUGCGCGGGUACGGGGCGCACCUGAUGGCGCACCUCAAGGACUACGUGCGCACCGCGACGUCCCCGCCCAUCAUGCACCUCCUCACCUACGCGGACAACUACGCGACGGGCUACUUUCAGAAGCAAGGGUUCACCAAGGAUGUGACGCUCGCGCGCGCGCUCUGGGCCGGCUGCAUCAAGGACUACGAGGGCGGCACGCUGAUGCAGUGCAGCCUGCUGCCGCGCGUGCGCUACCUCGAGGCCGGCCGCAUGCUGCUGAAGCAGCGCGCGUGCGUGCUCGCCAAGAUCCGGCCGCUCAGCCGGAGCCACGUGGUGCACCCGCCGCCGGCGCAGUGGGCUGCCGCGGCAGCCGGGGGUGUGGUCGCGCCGAUCGAUCCGCUGUCGGUGCCGGCGAUCCGCGCCACGGGCUGGUGCCCGGCGAUGGACGAGCUGGCGCGGGCGCCGCGCCACGGGCCGCACUUUGCGGAGAUGCGGCGCGUGCUGUACCAGGUGCAGAACCACAAGCAGGCGUGGCCGUUCCUGGCGCCGGUCAGCCGCGACGACGUGCCGGACUACCACGCCGUCAUCGCGGACCCGAUGGACCUGGCGACCAUGGAGGAGCGCCUGCUGCGCGACGCCUACGCGGGGCCGGCGCAGCUCGUCGCCGACAUGCGGCUCGUCUUCGCCAACUGCAGGCGGUACAACGACGCGGCCACCGUUUACAGCAAGUGCGCGGUCAAGCUGGAAAAGUACAUGUGGACCUUGGUCGGGGAGGUGCCGGAGUGGCACGAGCUGCUCGACGAGGAGAAGAAGACCGGUGGCUAG